UGGGUCCUCGUGCAAUAUGUAGCCGAAUUCUGCAUGUAUUCCUUCUCCAGUGAGGUUGCUCUUGUCUGUUCCGUGCAGUUUUUUAAUGUGAAUAUCCCGUCAACAGCAGUACAAUACGGGUGGCUCACUCACUCGCUUAUUAUUACUAUGCAGAUACAAACUUGUCCAUACCAGAGUGAACCCAGUCUCCUUAAUGGAUCGAAACACAUACAAUAAUGCAAUCCAAUUUUCGUCUCAAGUCUACAAAAUUGCAAUCCACCAACUUUUCGCAAGAGAGGAGGAAAAAAAAACUCGUCGACGAGAAUACAAAGUACUUACAUCCACCCAAGUUUUAAGUCCCUUUUACUUUCCGCCUCCUACUUUCUACCCGACUUCAUGAUCAUGAUUCAUAAUUCUGCCACUGCAAGUUAGACGUACGUACUUUAUAGAAUUGGAAAAGGAAAUCGUUUCCCACAAAGUUUAAGUUCGGUUCAAAAUACUAUAUUUGGCUUGGUCCUCUCAGCAUCCGUCCGUCCAACCGAGCUGCUCCUGCCUACUCCUGCUGGAGAAAGUGUAUGUACAGACGUUGGUUUCAUGGGAAACUUUCUCUCUCUCUGAGAUCUCUCUCUUUUCGAGGGUAGGCCAGAGAAAGGGAAAAUUUCUCCAUUUGUCUGCUCCUGCCUGCAGUGCACUUCUCACUCGUUCAGUGUCUCUUCUUCUUUUGACGGAUGCACACACGCGACGAGCACCAGAGGCAAGCCGUGUGUGGGAGAAAGCUACAAAGCACUUUCACCACCACCACUCUCCAUCAUCAUCUCUAAGAGGAUUUGUUUCUGAAAACUGGGAUUUCACAGUUCCUCCCACAAUUUUAAAAAUAUCCAAAUGUGACCAUUAACUAGGAAGGAAGACAACAAAAUUGUGCCAAAUUUUAGAUACAUUUGUUUUCCUCCAAUACUCAUAAACUCUUAAUUAAUUAUCACUAAAAGUUUCAUUACGCGUAAUUAAACGAUACGGUAUAAUCCCGUUUCGUGCGCGACAUUAUUACAUAACCACCACAUCGAUCAGGAGGAAACGAACGUGCAAUAUAAAGGAAACGGUAGAGUAUAAAUUAGUCGGGAAAAGUGGUGCAAGAAAAAGAGAGAGAAGUAGCAUUUUCCUCAUUACAAAUUGAGCGUGUGAAGUGAAAUACUCGUGAACACGGCAUAAUUUCAUUAGCGCAACGGCAUAAUGAGCGACCUAAGUUUAAGUCUGUACUUUGGAGAGGAGGAGCAGACAAGGACGAGACCGCCUGCUGCAGAUUGCGAGUCUAUUUACGGUCUCUUGCCAACCCCGUUCGACUCAGCCUUUCCCCUGGAUGCGUACAACUACGGGAGGAAAAAUAAACCUCCGACGUCCUCGUUCUACGACCGGCUCAAGGAUUUGCGCGAUGCUAACAGAAUAUUUGUCAAACCGUGCAUAAAACCCAUCAUUCGAUAUUUGGAUCAAAAGUGUCAAUUUGAAGUUCUCAAUGCUCAAGGUGAGCCCAUCUACUUCGUCCUGGACACGACGGAUGCUUGGGCGAGUACAAUAUUUGAAGGUCAGGGGACUAAACCCUUUAAUGUUAUGAUCCUCGACUACGACUAUUCGGAGGUAUUGAAAAUUACGGGGCCCGGAUUAAAUCGGUUACAUGGGCACGGCUGGGUCAAACACUGCGGGAAAGAAGUAGGUCGCAUCGUUCAAGACGACCAUCUCUGCUCCUUCUCUCCCACGUACAGCCUUCGCGGAACCAAUGAAGUCAUCGGCUUCAAGGUCAAGGGUCCCCCCAACUCGUACGCGACCGGACUCCCCAACUGCCCCGAUUUCGAUGUCGUCCUCCCCGACGAGGUUUCCCUCAUGGGCCGCAUAACCAAACAGUGGAUCGUGUUUGGCAAGGCGUCCGACGGCGCCCUGCCCGAGGACACGUAUUCCCUCAGUUUUCACCCCAACAUGGACCUCAGAACCAAGUGUCUCCUCCUCUCCAUCGUCUUCAUGCUGGAUUAUCAAUUCUACCAUAAAACCGUGCAGAGUGGCGUGUCUCGGAAAUGCUGGACUUUUUUCAUCCUUGGCUUCGCCUCGCUCGUCAUAAUUUUGUACAUUUUGCUAUCGGAGAUCAAGAAAAAUAAGACUUUACACAUGACGCACAAAAUGGAUGAUUUCGGCUUCAACGUGACGACAACGCAGGUCCCGGAAACGAGCAGCAUUAUCACUUUGGACGAGAACGAUGUCGUGGUUGACAAUAGUUAAUGGCUGUAAAAAUAAUUCUUCAUUAUGGAUUGAAUACAUAUUCGCUCAGAUAAAUUGUACGUAUAGUUUGAAAAAAAUGGGUGCAUGCUCACACUACUUUAAGCCAGUGCUUAUCGGGACAAUCUAUCCAAUACUGGGAAAAAACUAAUGGUGUUGGUAGUCAAUAAUUUGUAAAAUAAUAAUAACUACCUGCUGACUCCGUGCUACAUAAAUAUUCGGUAUAUCAAGGUCAUAGCUACAGUAUUAUUAUGCUUAUCAAGCUACAACAUAACAUGGUCGUCUACAUUUCAUUGAUUGGUCGUAUAUUUGGAGUUAAAACCCCAGUGGUCAUAAAUUUGGGGAUGUUGUUAAAUAAUUUUUGCAACAAUUUAUAGCCCAGUGGUGCUCAUACCGGGACGCGUAUACGAUACGAAUAGGUAAUAAUACCUCCCUGUUUGUCUCUCAAUUAGAUGAAUCGACUUUUUGGAAAAAUUUUCUCCUGCUCCCUUCUUCCAUUUGAAUCCAAUAGUAUUUACAAACUAAAAAUAUAGAACGAAGAGUGCUGUGAUACAUAACAAAAGCUCCACUAAAUCCAUCGUAAAAAAGAUACCGAAAUGAAUAAAAAUCAUCAAACCCUUUUAAACCGUA